GACCGAUCGAUCAACAUGGCUACAAACACCCGGUCCGCGAGCUUGCUGCUGCGCUUGACGAUGGUGAUCACCAUUGUGCCGCACCUCCAGCUGUUCUCACUUGCAGCUGCAGCGCCGCCACGCAGCAACGAGACCAGAGACGGCGGCGGCGGCGGCAAGACGCUCAGCUUCACCCUGUACCAGCAAGAGACCAUCAACAAGACCGGCUACAUGGUCGUCGACGGCGUGGCGGGCGCCGGGGUCAGCCAGACCACCACGCCCUUCGGCACCGUCUACGUCUUCCGCGACAACCUGACGGUGCACGCCGACGGGGCCUCCGCGGUGGCCGGCGUGGCGGAGGGGACGUCCAUCACGACCAGCCUCGACGGGCUGAUGAGCCUGUCGCUGGCCAAGAUCACGAUCCACCACCGCGGCCACCGGGGCUCCGUGUCCGUCCUCGGGGGAACCCACAACACCAGGCCGUCUGACAACCCGGUGGUGGGCGGCACCGGUGACUUCGCGUACGCCUUGGGCUACGUCCGGUCGUCGCCGGUGGACCUGCGGGGAUCGACGGUCACGUACAAGAUGGAGCUCCAGUUGUACUGGCCCCCGUACGCCCCUUACGCUCCAACUCCGCAGUAGCCAUCGCCUCCGGCCAUUAUACAUGUAUGUACGAUGAACCACUGCCAACUCCGCAGUAGCCAUCGUCCCCGACUCCCCGUUACAUACAUGCAUGUACUAUUAAACCACUGCCAGCAGAUAUACGGUUUAAAACGGAGCAGUAGCAGGUUCUCUGCUACUGCUUGAUCUCUCGCUUUCCCCGUGCUUUUGUGGGAAAUUGUUAUUUCUAUUAUAAAAGCAAUGUAAAGGGCUAUACCAUUUUACAUAAAAAGAGAUUCCUUGAAAUGCAUCGUCGAUAAUGACGCGUAGCCAAGCCCAAGGUGCCCGGCGGCCGCCUGGGCCAUGGCACCUGAUCUCUUCGUUGACUUUAGCGCCCUCGACACUACAAGUAUAAUAAGGUACAGUCAGUAGAAUAUAAGGAUUAAACUAUCAUAUUUGUGCCGAGUUGGUUGAGAGAGAGAA